UUGUCAAGCCUGUCCCGCCGCCUGCCCCCGCCGGGCUCAGCCUCCGGCAGGGGUUCCGUAAACUUUUGUGAAGGGAUGUAACGUGCUUUACCGCGGGCUGCCGCUCUGCCCUGACGGUGCAGGUCGCGGAGACCCGGGAGCCGCCCCCUGCUCAGCGGAGAGGGUAGAUCGGAGCGCACUUGAGUGCCGGGCUGUACCGCCCGCCCCGGCGGCGACCCGGCCCGCAGGCGGCGACGGGCGGCGGCGGGCGCGCCUGCGCUCCGCCGCGGCGCUCGAGGAGGCGGCCGAUGGGGACCUGGCGUUGGGUGACAGGCGGGGCGGGGGCGCAGGGCUGAGCUGACUCGCCGGCUCGGUUGUGGGCUCCCCCCUCUCGCCGCAGCCACGAUCGGCAGCACCCCCCUGGAGCUCUGUCAGCGGCGUCGGCAGCGCAGAGAGAGGAGGAUGCGGGCGGCGGAGCGGCAUCAGCGGCGGCGGGCGGCGCUCCCCUGCGGCGCCCAGGCUGGCCGCGGGGCCCCGGCGGGCGGCUGCUGAGCGUGGCGCCGCGGGCAUGCGGCGGCGGGGAGCAAGAGCCGCCGGCAGCGGGGACGCCCCGGCGGGCGGGCGUCCCCUUCAGCGACACUGAGGGAGGAUGGAGCCACAAAGGACUUUGGCUGACACGUGCGGCGGGGCGGCCGGCGGCCGCGGCUAGGGCCACCCCUCUCUCCUCCCUCCUCCCCUCCCCGCUAUGCUGCGCUCCCGCCGGGCCCCUCAGCGCGCUCGACGCACGGCGGCGAUGGAGCCGGCCGGGCUCCUCUGAGGCCGCGGCCGGACCCAGCAUGGCCUCGGUGGGGACCCCAGCGCAGCGGCGCCCCGGGGCGGAGCGGCCGGCUGCGGCGGCGGGGGGCCGGGCGGAGGCGCCGCGGUGCCGCAGCCUGCCCGUGCUCGGCGGGGCGGCGCCGGGCAGCCGCGGGGCCGCGCUCGGCUCCCCCCUGGCGGCCGGGGGGGGCGGCGGCGCUACGGCGAGCCCCGUCGCGGGACCGUCUGCCGAGGACGGGCGGAGCGGAGGCGCCGCCGAGGCUGCCCGGCCCCCCGCCGCCGGCAGCGGGAGCUUCCCCCGGAGAACGGAGGGCGGCCAGUCGGCGGCGCCCAGCCGAGGGGUGUCCCCGGGCACCCCGCUGCCGCUGCGGCCGCCAGCGCUGCUCCUGGCGGGCCCCCCGGGCAGAGCGUGCCUGCGGGCAGUGCUGGCGGACUCGCGCUUCUUCUUGGUGUGCAUGUGCUUCCUGACCUUCAUCCAGUCCCUUAUGGUCUCCGGCUACCUGAGCAGCGUCAUCACCACCAUCGAGCGGAGAUACAGCCUUAAGAGCUCGGAGUCGGGGCUGCUGGUCAGCUGCUUUGAUAUCGGGAGCCUGGUGGUGGUGGUCUUCAUCAGCUACUUCGGGGGACGUGGACGAAGGCCGCUCUGGCUGGCUGUAGGGGGGUUUUUCAUUGCCUUGGGGGCUGCACUCUUCUCCUUACCUCAUUUCAUCUCUCCGCCGCACCAGAUCCAGGAAUUGAACUCCUCUGUCAGUAAUGAAGGCUUGUGCAUGACUGGCAAUGGCACCACCAAAGAGCAGUGGGACUCGCCGGCCUGUGUCAAAGACUCUAGUGGAAACGACCACUCUCUCUAUGUAGCUUUAUUCAUUUGUGCCCAAAUCCUUAUUGGCAUGGGCUCGACCCCCAUCUAUACUUUGGGACCAACCUACCUAGAUGACAAUGUCAAGAAAGAAAACGCCUCGCUUUACUUAGCCAUCAUGUACGUAAUGGGAGCACUUGGUCCUGCAGCUGGAUACUUACUGGGAGGACUUCUUAUUGGUUUCUAUGUUGAUCCAAGGACAACUGUUUAUAUUGACCAGAGUGAUCCCCGAUUCAUUGGAAACUGGUGGAGUGGAUUUCUUCUUUGUGCCAUUGCAAUGCUCCUUGUGAUAUUUCCAAUGUUUACCUUUCCGAAAAAGCUCCCUCCUCGACAUAAAAAAAAGAAAAAGAAAAAGAAGAUGAACUCUGAUGAUGUUUCAAGCGAUGAUGAAGUAAUGAAAGAGAAAACAAAUAGCAAAAUACAAGCAGACAGUGCAGUUCCUGCCUCUAUGGGAUUUGGAAAGAAUGUUAAAGAGCUUCCAAGAGCAGCUGUCAGGAUCUUAAGCAACAUGACAUUCCUUUUUGUGAGUUUGUCAUACACAGCUGAGAGUGCCAUUGUCACAGCUUUUAUUACCUUCAUUCCCAAGUUCAUCGAGUCACAGUUUGGCAUCCCAGCUUCUAAUGCCAGCAUCUACACUGGUGUGAUUAUUGUCCCGAGUGCUGGUGUUGGGAUUGUCCUAGGCGGCUACAUUAUAAAAAAGCUGAAACUUGGUGCGAGAGAGUCUGCGAAGUUGGCUAUGAUCUGCAGUGGUGUAUCUCUGCUGUGCUUUUCAACUCUCUUCAUUGUUGGAUGUGAAAGCAUUAAUCUGGGGGGAAUAAAUAUACCUUACACAACUGGUCCCACUCUUGCCAUGGCCCACAGGAAUCUGACUGGGAGCUGUAAUGUUAACUGUGGAUGUAAGAUUCAUGAGUAUGAGCCUGUCUGUGGAUCAGAUGGAAUAACAUAUUUUAAUCCUUGCCUAGCUGGCUGCAUCAAUAGUGGAAACCAUAGCACAGGGGUAAGAAAUUACACAGAAUGUGCCUGUGUGCAGAGUCGCCAGGUGAUCACUCCACCGACGGUGGGUCAGCGCAGUCAGCUCCGGCUGGUUAUUGUCAAAACCUACCUGAAUGAGAACGGCUACGCUGUUUCUGGGAAGUGUGAUCGAACCUGCAACACGCUUAUCCCCUUCCUGAUAUUUCUCUUCAUUGUUACGCUUAUAACAGCAUGUGCCCAGCCGUCAGCAAUCAUAGUGACACUCAGGUCUGUGGAAGAUGGGGAGCGGCCCUUUGCACUAGGAAUGCAGUUUGUUUUAUUACGAACUCUUGCUUACAUUCCCACUCCAAUUUAUUUUGGGGCUGUUAUUGACACCACGUGCAUGCUUUGGCAACAGGAUUGUGGCGUACAAGGGUCUUGCUGGGAAUACGAUGUCACCUCGUUUCGUUUUGUCUACUUUGGGUUGGCAGCUGCUCUCAAGUUCGUGGGAUUCUUUUUUAUUUUCCUGGCCUGGUAUUCCAUUAAGUGUAAAGAAGAGCAGCUGCAGAGACGGAGAUGGAGGGCUUCGCCGGUGAACACUGUGAGUGAGAUGGUUGGCCAAGCCGGACCCCAACAAAACUAUGCACGGACUAGAUCCUGCCCUACCUUCAGCUCCCAAGGAGACAUCAGUGUGGCACAAGGAAUGAACUGCGUAGCACAAACAUACCCUGGCCCUUUAUCAGAAGCAAUAAAUUCCUCAAAUGAAAAUGCAUUGGAAGAAGUCACUGCUGAGAUAUAGACUCCUGGCUUGGUAAUGUAAUAUUUAGUUUUGUUGGUUGACUUAAUUAUGGCGCCUUGUAAAACACCUGUGCCUUCUAUUUUUAAUCUAAAUGUAACACGUGAUAAAACCAACAAAGCUUAAUGCAAACAACUAUAGUAUGCUCCUGAGGGCUGGAUACCUCAGACCAACCCAAGUUCUUAUUUCUCCCUUCCCAACAAUGGAGUUUUAAAAAUUGUGUUUGUAAUUAUUUCAGAUGUGUCCAUUAAAUGUCUAUGCUCUGAUCUAGCAGUGUAAGGGUGAGGUAUUGUGAACAGCAGAAGUCAGUGGAAGAGUGACAAAAACUCAUAUUGUUGAUGUCUAGACGUCACAAAAAUGCUUAAAUGUAUCGUCAACUUCAUAUCCACAAACUGUAUUUUUAAGAGAUGAGUAAUUACUGUGAGUUCUGCUACAAAGCACAACUGAACUUGUUUAAACUAUGCAACUUAGUUUGAUUAUUUUAUGUGCCACAAAUUAAGUUUAAAGUUAGCUUUUAAAGACAUUACUGCAACUGAAUUUGAAAGGGGCUAUUUUCAGACAUAAGCAUUAAAUUUAAAAAGAACAUAAGGUUUAAAGUACUGUUAACAUGUUAAGCCAUACAAAAUUUAUGCAUCAGGUAGUGUUUGCAAAUUUUGAAGUUGUAAUAUCUUAUCCUGUCAAAAUGUGCAUUAAUUUUCAUUUGAUGGGAUGUAGUCAUUCUUCACAAAGUACACACACUAGGAAAGUAUAAUGCUUGGAGUAAAAAACUUCAGUAUUAAUUUACAAUAACAUUAAGAUGUAGGAAUCAUACACAGGUACCAGAGCAGAUAUGUGCAUAUUUCUACAGUGAUACAGGCAGUUAUUCUGGUGGGUGCUACCAGCACCAAAUCCAUUCUUUUCCUGAAGAAGAAAAUAACCACUUAUAGCCUGAUGGGAGGAACCUGUCUGUCCAGAAAUCCAUGCCAGUGUAGUGCAGCUUCACUGAAAAGAUCUGGAGGGAGAGCUGAUGACCCUAUUUUGUGUCAGAGCAGCUGCCUGGGACCCAGUGAGCCCCUCACAGCCAGAGCGGGUGUGGGGCUGGCGCUGGCACCACUGGCUGCCCAUGGCUGGGGUGGAUAGAGGGACCCUCCCAACAGGGCGGCCAGCAGCCUGCCCAGCGCUGUGGUGGGUACGAGGCUUUUCCCUCUGCUCCUGGCAUGGCCGGGCUGCUGUACUCCCCGCCACCGAGGACAGCUGGGGAGGGAGUGCUGGCUCAGACCCUGUGUCCCUCUCAUUUCUGCCUCACUUCUGCCUCUCCUGCUGCCUGGGGUUGCACAGGAUGGUGGGACUGGUCUCGGAGGUCCCAGCUGUGUGGUUUGUGACUCAUGUGGCUGUCUUUCCUUUCCUCAGCUUAAUUGAAAGCUUCUGUGCAGGCAAAGGGCAAGUCAUCUCUCUUUUGCCAUUCCAGGGGAAUAGCUAAGAAUAGAAAUUGUCUGCAAGCAUGGACCCAUGGGAUGUGAUGUGGCCUUUGCUUAUUCCAAAUUACUGUAGUGUGUUUUCUCCCCAGGAGAUGCUGAGACUUUCUAAUCAAAUGUACUUGGCAUUUCAUUUCUUGCUCUGGAGGCUUUGUAGUGCCAUGCUUAUGAUAUACUAAUAAUGUCUCAAAGGGCAGAGAAUGAUUUCAGGUGGACACUAAGAAGUAAAAAUUGUAUUUUGCCCUGCAGGGAAAGACUUAGAAGUUUAGGAAAUUAAAAGUACUCUUUUAAGAGGACUCAGUGAUAGUCAGGUUUGAAUUUUGCUGUUUAGAGAGCUUGCAUGAAAAUAAAUAGGAAAGAGCAGAACCUCUACAUAUUUUUGAAAAUAAGUAUUCCUGGUUUAAUUUUUAAGUUGAUCAAACAUUGUGUGAAAUCAAGUCCUUGAAAUUAAAGGCAGUACCUCCUUGGCAUCCAUCGAGUUGUCCCGGGAAGAGCAGAUUUCCUUGUCCUCCUUUGCUGGCCGCCUUCUCUCAUCUCCUGGCUCUCCUUGAUCAGCACAUAGGACUAACCCACAGGGCUGGUUCCCCUGCUUGAAAGGGUGACUGCUUAUUUCAGAAUGUCUCAGUCCAUUUAUGUGGCUUGUAAUGAUGCCCACUCUUUCCGUCUGCAAACUCAGAUGCUUCUGCCCCAAACUACAAUGAAGAGGAAUACAGUUUUCAUCACUGCCUGCUAUUCUAUACGUAUUAGGAGCUUUUUGGGGUCAAGUCUGAGGAUUUUAUUGUUCUCUCAUGCAUCCACAAGGCACAACAUACUCUCAAUCAGCAUGUGCCACCUGGGAUGUUAGCUUCUACACUCCUCACCCCAAGGAAUAAAUUUCCUCGGCUCACAGGUAUUGGGUAUAUUUUUUUUCACCAUAGGAGAUCAGGAUAGAUAAUAGAAGUAUCUCCUUUUGCUCGGGUGUCAAAUGUUUCUUGCACCAGGAAUUUGCUGCUGUGGCGAAAAUUGAGGCAAAGUAGUAGGACAAAGAGUAAUUGAAACCCAUCACCCACUAUUUUAAUCACUUGCCCAUUCUAAUCAGCAUAGGAUGAGGUGAAGAGCAACAAUCAUUUUGAAUACCUCAGAAGCAGAGCAUUUAGGGAUUUGUAAAAGGCUGGAGAUGAAUCAUCUAUCCUGAUCUAUUCUGUUUCAUGCCUCUUGUGUGCUUCUGUUCCAUGUGAAUAACAAGGGAGAGCAGAUCAGGCUUGUAGGACUGUCUGGAGCUGUCACUGGUGGCAGAGAGUAAGAAUGAUGGAAGUGACGCAUCUGCAACUGCUGCAGCUUCUGAACUGAUUUCAAGGUAAUUUAGAGCUUGUUGGAAUGGAGACCACCUGUUUUUUGGGCAAUCCUGACACUUUGACUUUCAAAAACAUUUUUUGAAGUGUUUGAGAAAUUGGAAUGUCGAGGGAAAGAUGUUCACUUUGGAAAUGCUGAAAAAGCCUUGUUUACAUUAUUUUGUGUUUAAAAAUAUGUGCAAACCAAAAAGUAAUUCGUUACCUUUCGAACCUUUUUUAGUAUUUUUGGAUAUAGAAAAUUUUCACAAUAUGAAUACAUUUCUACAAAAUCACUCAAUUAAAUCAGCAUCCUCUGAAAGAAAGAAAACCCCAAAUCUGGCCAAUUUUGGAUUGAUUCCCAAAGAAGGCUUCGGUGUAAGAUAUAACAGUCUAAACUAAGCCAAAAAAGGCGUGCAGGGGAAACACAUUAACUUCCUAGAGAAGUCAGUUCUGACAUUGUCAACAUUCACUGAAGUAUGGACUGGGACCUGCUGAACAAAAGCUAUUUUCUGAGGUUGUCAUUGCUGAAGGAAGCAGCAUCACCAGAGAAAUUGCAUGUAUCCCCAGCAGUACUCAUGAUCGACAGGUGGUGCUAAAUUGACACACAGGAAUUAAAAAGGAGCUUUAUCACCCACUGAAGAUGGCCAUGAUGUCUUCCUAUUGUGAAAUCCUCUGACCAUAGAAUAAAAAAUUCUGUUAACUUUUAAUUUCUGUCACCUUCCCCCCAAAAACUAAAGUUUGCUUAGCAGUGAGCACAAGAAGAUGUGAAGCAGGAGUCCUGCUCGCCCACAGGCUGCUAUCGGCAGCAAACCCACAUCAUCUACCUGCAGUUCACUAGCCAGGGAUAAUAUGGAGCAAUGACGCCCCACAAUUAGCUGCAAGUCCACCAAGUGCCCUCAUACCGUCACAGGGACAGACAGAAAUUACUCCUCUUCCGCUGCUUAUUCCUGAUUUAGAGUGAAGGACAUGAGAGAAGCAGCCCAAAUAUAUGGACUUGAGUGAACAGGUAAUUUUGCCUGUUUAGCCUCCCAUUCAUCCCUGUUUCCUCAAAAAGGGGAAAACUUCAGAAAAGGCGUAGCUAUGACCUUGAGUGCUUAUGAGUGCAGCAACCUCAGGAGUUGGUUUGUAGAGCUCAGGAGAUGCAGUCUCAGCUGGAAUAUCUGGAGUGUGGGACUCUGUAUUUCUAGGCAAAAGCCCUGUGGUUUUGGUUCCCCUUAUUCCCCAUGAGCAUACUGGAUAUAACAUGGUAUGGUUUGGAACUGGUGGUAUUUUAUGCCCUGUCAGUACAGUGUGAGCAGCUAAAAGAAAUAUGUUGAAUAUUAUGAUGCAAUUUAUAUUUAAUUUGAAACUUUCAGUUCUUUGACCAGCCAUUUUAUCUUUAAAAGGGGAUGUAAUUACAUACAGUUCCAAGUGGGAACACAAGUAUCUUCCUAGAUGUUAUAAGUUUGAAAGCCUGAAUAGCUACAAAAACAUGAGAGUAGUUUUCUCAAAAAUUCGUUUUCUUCUUUUUUUUUUUAAUAUACCUUAUUAAUUCGUAGCAUUCACCAUUCAUUAUGGCUCUGAUCCAGCAAAAAAAUAUGUAUGUACAUUUAUAUACUUAAGUAAUGUACUUAAAAGUAACACAUAUAUGUAAGUAUUGGACUGCAUCCCAUCUGCAUUCAAAAAAGGGUUCCUUUGCACAAAGAGUAAUUUCUGUGCUGAAUUUUUUCCCCAUGGAUUCAGUGAUCAUUCUAACCAGAACAGCACAAAGUAUUAUAGCACUUGACUACUCCCCUGUGGCAUCCACAUGUUGCUGCUUACAUAUUUGUCGAUGGAGGAAAGCUUUCACUUUCAAAUAUAAUUAAAAUACAAAAUAUUUUGUGGACAUGCUCAAAGAUACAUUCUAACUCUUCCUGCCAUUCACUUAUUUUAUGAAUUUCUGUGUGGAAAUCUGUGUUUUAUGUGGGGAGAUACAUUAAAUAAGGGCUUCUUUCUGACCUUAAAGCCAAUAAAACACAUUAAGUAAUGCUGUAAGUUCAGGUUGUGCCCUUUCACAGAAUUUGGACCUAGAAAAUCAGAUGACAAAUUUUUGGUAUCCCACAAAACUGGAGCAGAGCACUAACUGCUCUCUGUAAAUCCAGACUGGAUGGCUGGGGGAGGGGUCAGCAUCUUCUGUACUGUUCUGGCGGGUUUUUCCCCCCAAAUGCCUGAAUUAUUGCUGCCUUACUGCACUUCCUGUGUGUAAUGCCACAGCUCUUCGUGGUGUUAUAUUGACAUAAAACUGAUGUUACAUAGGUAUAAAGUGUCUUAGUGUUAUUUUGAAGCCAGAUUCUCAGCCUCAUCAGUCCCAUGAUCAGGCUGAAGAACUGGGCCGGUUCCUUGGUCUGGACAUAAACAAGCCGGCGCUUUAGCAAGCGUGUGUGAGCUAAGUGAUAUCAAGUCCUUGUUUAGAUUUUAUACUGCUCACUGGUUCCUACUACUCUUUUGGGAGAUCAAAGACCAAAUAUUUGCUAAGCAAGUCCAUCUUUUUCUGUUUUCUCAGUUAUGUGACUUUUAUAAUGGCAUAGGAGAUGCCAUGCUGCGGUGUCUGGGCUCCCCCAGCUGAAGCCACCCAGCUGUGGUUGCUUUCCAGGGGAUUAAAAUACGUGGUAAUGGAGAUUUACCUGGACUGCAAUCUGCAUCGGCAUUGCAUUGGUCAGAGUGUCUGCCCCUUGUAGAUUAAACUUGUAUCAACACAUUUUAGUUUCCUCACAUACUGGAUUUGAUUUUAUAGACAUUUUUAUCCUUAGAGUGCUUAGAAGCUGAACAGUCGGCAUCAUGGUGGUAGAUUCAUUCUUUGGUAUAGAAUUAGGGCAUUCUUUUUUUCUUAUAACAUCUUGUUUCACGGAUAACAAUUCAUAAAGGUUACGUGUAAUGUUGCAGAGUAGAGAUGCAGAGCUUGCAGUGUGGGGGCCUCGAUAUGGCAAGAGUUCACAUGAUUAUUUUUCUUUACAUCAAACAUCACUAGUACGUUAUUAUGUGGCCAAAGGUUUGAAAGCCUACCUGAUCCUCAGGAAAGAAAUUUUCCUUAUCCUUUCCACAGAAUAGAUCAUGUAAAUUAAGGAGGACAGCUAACUCUAUCCAUACCCCAUAGCCAUAUCCAUUACAUUUACUAGAGUUAAUAACUGUAGUUUUUAGCAAUCUUCCCCCACUCUAGACCUCCAGAUACGCUAUUUUCUUUUGACUUAAUGCAGCCUUCUAAACAGAGACUUAGCUCUGCAAGUUCAAAGUAGUUCCAAACUUUUCUUGGUUUCAAGCAUUAUGAAAUAGAUACUUAUUUAUUCAGGUUCCACUCUACUCUUCCAAUUAUUACGUUAUCCAUUGUGUGUACUGUGUUUUCUAUUUUUUUUCUAUCUCAAACCAGUUAUCCCGAUGUUACCCUGUAACAACAUUUUGUUCAUAAUAUAGAACAGGUGAAAAGCUUUGGAAUUCAUGAAGGGCUACAAAAACAUUGUUCACCUUGAGGAAGGGUGAGCCAGCUUGAUAAUCUUUGGACAAAUGACUAAACAACACUGUGGUGCUAAUAGGUACUGAGGUAUUUUAUGAUUUACACUAUGACUCAAAUGACGUACUCAAGGCAUGUCAAUGAUGCAACUGCAUGUGUUUUUGUUCUUGAAGUCUGGACUGCUCCAGCAAAGACAGUGUUUGUUAUUCCUGAUGGGCCAAUUCCUACCUAACUCUUCUGUGGGAAAGUAAUCUCAGGAGGCAGUAUAGGAUUUGUCCCAGCGCUAACACCUAAGGUAAAAGCUAUACAGACCACAGAAAUCUUAUGUGGGAUGUAUUCAUCGUGCUAUAACAUGUUACUUUAUUUAGUGGCUUUGCUUAAGCAGAGGCUGAAAAUAAAUUCUAUAGUAAUGACAAGAAACAAAACACUGGGCUAAAUUGUGGGACUCCUUAACUGAGCAACAUUAGUAAACUGAGGAUUCAGAUCUGAAAUAUUAAUGUUCUUCCAUGGAACACCAGAAAGAGAGGGGUAGAAUAAGAGCAGGUUCUAGCUCUAGCAGUGGAAAAAGGCCAAAUCUGGUCAACUUUAAAGUGAGCUAUGAUUUAAAACAGUGUUUUGGUUUUAAGAUCUUGAAGACAAUAUUUUUCCCUUCCGUUUUGAACUCUGAAAGGUAAUUAUUUUGUGUUAUUGUGCCUGGACUGCUCAUACAGAGAAGGCAUCUCUGUCCUAAAUAGAAUUAAGAGGUACACCUCUGACUGAUAGGUCAGAAAUUGAACCUCUUUAACAAAGGUACAUUUGGAAACAUGGAGGGAAAUUUCAAAACAAACAAAAAAAAAGUACAAAAUCAUCCUGAACGGAGUUUCUAUACAAAGAAAAAAGAAUUUGAAGUGAGUGUGAUCCAUGGUUGAGUGAAGCCUUUCCUCAGAGAAGACCUGUUUUCCCCAGUUGAGCAAAUGGGAGUUCUGCCCUGGGCUGCAGUACGUAUUGCUACCAAAUGUUUGAAGCAGAGCAGCAACAGAAUAGUCUGGGUAGUAUGUAAGGAGCAUGGAGCGGGCACACUGCCUGUAAAUGUUUAGUUUUUAAAAAACUCAUUAUUGAGCAAAUAUGUAGAGUAUUAAGAAAAUUUGUAGAGUAUGUCUGACCGUAUGAGUGUGUGGGUGCUGUGCUGUGGUAAAAAGAGACUAAUUGGUUUAUGCAGUUUGUUUUGCAUACUUUAGGCUCCUGUAUGGGGUUUUUUAAUUGAUAUUUAUUUCUCAGCAGAGCUUAGAAUAAUUUUAAAGCUGUGUAACACAUCAUUUAAUGAAAUCUAUUGUCAGCAUCUGUUGUAAACAUGUGUUUACAAAACAAACUCUUGAAUACUUGAUAUUUGGAAAUAAAAUAUAGCAUAUCAA